ACAAAUCGACCUCGUCGUCCGUCCGCGACGUGCGAAGAAGUCGAAUGUCAGCGAAAAGAACAGAAAAAAGUUGAUGUAACAAACGUGAUCGUGAAUUGAUUUGUGAAAUUUUCGAAUUUAUUGCUCUAAAUUACGAACAAACGAAAUAAUCAUCAGCCAUGGAGGAAUACGCCAGAGAACCGUGCCCGUACCGGAUUGUGGACGAUUGUGGUGGUGCGUUUGCGAUGGGCUGUAUAGGCGGUGGCGUGUUCCAGGCAAUCAAAGGCUUCCGUAAUGCUCCUUCAGGUUUCAGCAGACGACUGGUCGGCAGUUUGACCGCAAUCAAGUCCCGUUCUCCGGUUAUCGCAGGUAAUUUCGCUGUCUGGGGCGGUAUGUUCAGCACAAUCGACUGCACCCUGGUCCACUUCCGGAAGAAGGAAGAUCCGUGGAACUCGAUCAUCAGCGGGGCAGCCACCGGAGGAAUCCUGGCGGCACGUAAUGGCGUCGGUGCCAUGGCAGGCAGCGCCAUCAUCGGUGGCGUUCUGCUCGCGUUGAUCGAAGGUGUAGGAAUCCUGUUUACGAGAAUUUCCGCCGAACAGUUCCGUUCGCAGCCUAUCGUGGAAGACCCCUCGGCACUGGGUGACCCUUCGCAGAACGCUGGUGCGGCGGCACCGUCCUCAUCAAUGCCAUUCGGUUUCGGUCAGUCAGGUCAAAAUUACCAAUAAGAAUGUCAUUGUGUGUGUUUGGUAGGGCUUUAGUUAUCGUAAUUUUAAAUUAAAAACUAAAGUUGGACAUUUUCGACCGACGAUUGAAGGCUAGACGUAUGAAUGUGAUAGAAGAGGUGAUUACUCACAGUCUCGGCUCUCGUUAUUAUUUGGCCAGCGUGAGGUUCGAAUGGUUGAAUUUGAGAACGAAAAAGGUUCAUUCUUCUAGUCUAAUCGAUGGACAGUCAUCAACUAACUUCCUGUGAUCGUUUACUCUGAAAGUGACUGACCUUGUCUUUUCCUUGUAUAUUCCAGGGAAAGAUAAAGGAUUCAAUUAGAGUGGAAGCUUGACCUUUUCCAUGUGAGAGUGGUGAAUAUGCCAGAUAGAACGAUGACUGCGAGCGCGUUUAUGUGAUUGUGUGAUAGAUUCUAGUGAAACUGUAUAAGGUAACAUUAGUGGGGACAAGAAAAGUGUUCUGAAAACACACCGAACUUCGGUAGAACCGGAUGCCGAUAAAAUGCAACUACGAACGAAACGAUCGGGCGGUGUCAUUGGUGGAAGAAAUCCUUCUACAAGUAAUUUCUUUUCAUACCAAGUUUCUCGAUAUAAUGGAAUGGUAUCGUCAACUUUUUUCUGUUUCUUUCAGAACCGGAAGAGCAAAAUUAGACCUAGUUUUUCUGUAUAUAAAACCUAAGAGCAAAUAAAAAUUCGAUUAUUUCAAACAUGAAAA